AUGGGAGUGAAGAAAGAUUUAGAAGAAAAACCUGAAAAUGCCAAGCUGGAUUGCGCGGCUCAUGCCGCAUCCCGCGGGCCGCCCCUCUGCGGGGCCGCCCCCUGCCCGCCGCGGUGCCGCCUCCGCCGGGCUCUGUCCGUACUGGCAGCGGCGCCGCUGAAGUGCCACUCGUUCUGGUGCUGGCGGAGCAGCACGCUCUUUUGGCUCUGCCUGGCGCGGGCCCUGGCCCGGCCCCGGCCGAGGCCCCUCCCGCGGCCCCACCCGGAGCCGCCCCGCUGCCGCCGCUCUGCGGGGCCGCCCCCUGCCCGCCCCUGCCCGGCCCGCCGCGGUGCCGCCUCCGCCUGCCUCUCUCCGUACUGGCAGCGGCGCCGCUGGAAGUGCCGCUCGCUCUGGUGCUGGCGGAGCAGCACGCUCUUUUGGCUCCGCCUGGCGCGGGCCCUGGCCCGGCCCCGGCCCCGAACGAGGCCCCUCCGGCGGUUCCGCCCGGAGCCGUCCCGCUGCCGCCCGGCUCCCGCCCCGUCCCCGGCAGCGUCGUCCGCAGCAUCGCCGGCAGCUUCCCCGGUCCGAACUCCGCCGCUCGUCAGCUCGGCCGCCGGCCCCGAGCCGCCGGAGGCCGGGGCGGCUCGGGAAGCAGCAGCGCCCGGGGGCCCCGGGCAGAAUGCCGAGAGCGCGGUGCCGCCCGCACGGGCGGAGAAGCCUCCCCUGGAGCAGCUCUACCGGCAGGGCCCGCUGCUGGGGAGCGGUGGCUGCGGCAGCGUUUACUCCGGGACCCGGCUCGCCGACGGCGCCCCGGUGGCCAUCAAGCGAGUGUCCCGCGAUCGCAUCCCGGAGUGGGCGCGGCUGCACAGCGGCGCCCUUGUGCCCCUGGAGCUGGCGCUGCUCUGGAUGGUGUCGCGCCCUGGCUUCCGCGGCGCGGUGCGGCUCCUGGACUGGUUCGAGCUGCCCGACGGCUUCGCGCUGGUCAUGGAGCGUCCGGAGCGCUGUCAGGACCUCUGGUACUUCCUGGAGGAGCGGGCGUUCCUGACGGAGCCCGUGGCGCGGGGGCUGUUCCGCCAGGUGCUGGAGGCCGUGCGGCACUGCACCAGCCGCGGCGUCCUGCACCGCCACAUCAAGGCCGAGAACGUCCUCGUCGACCUGGCCACCGGCGAGGCAAAGCUCAUCGACUUCGUGUGCGGCACGGUCCUCCAGGACACCUUCUACACCCGAAUGUCAGGCACGUCGGAGUACAGCCCGCCGGAGUGGAUCCUCUUUGGCUGCUACCAUGGCCAGCCAGCCACCAUCUGGUCCCUGGGCAUCCUGCUCUAUGAGCUGGUCUGUGGGCACCUUCCUUUCAACACGGAUGAGGACAUCAUCCGGGGCCAGCUCUUCUUCCCGCCCCGGGUGUCUCAAGAGUGCCAGCACCUCAUCCAGUGGUGUUUAUCCAUGGACCCCGUGCACAGGCCGUCCUUGGAAGACCUGUUUGAGCAUUCUUGGCUGCAGGACCGUCACCUGGACCACGAGACAGCAGACGUCCAUCCCUCUGCACAGUAGGAUCCAGGAGCCCAGCAAGCACCAGCUGCACACGUCUCGGGGCGCUCGGGGCAGAGCGUCUCCCUGCGGCCGUGGCACGGAGGAGAGAGC